CAAAGUCAUUCUGUCCUUGCGCUUCGAGGGAUUUUACUUUCUCGCUGAAUUUAGCCAACUAAAAAAUCGUAAAAACUAAACAGACAUGUCAGGGGGGUCUUAUGAUAGGGCUAUAACUAUAUUUUCACCUGAUGGACAUCUUUUCCAAGUGGAAUACGCUCAAGAAGCCGUAAAGAAGGGUUCCACUGCUGUUGGAGUCCGUGGUAAAAACAUUGUUGUUCUCGGAGUAGAGAGAAAAGCGGUUGCCAAACUUCAAGAACCAAGAACAGUCAGAAAAAUCUGUUCGCUGGAUGACCACGUUGUCAUGGCUUUUGCAGGUUUGACGGCGGACGCUAGAAUUCUGGUGAAUCGAGCUCGGGUCGAGUGUCAAAGCCAUAAGCUAACCGUAGAAGAUCCUGUGACAUUAGAGUACAUAACAAGAUAUAUUGCGACGCUAAAGCAGCGUUACACUCAAAGCAAUGGUCGCCGCCCUUUUGGUAUUUCUACACUCAUUGUUGGAUUUGAUUAUGAUGGUACACCUCAUCUUUAUCAGACUGACCCAUCAGGAACAUAUCAUGCAUGGAAGGCAAAUGCAAUUGGACGCAGUGCAAAAACCGUUCGUGAAUUUCUAGAGAAACACUACACAGAGGAGGUAGCUGACUCAGAUGAUGAAACAAUUAAACUAGCUAUCAAAGCUUUACUUGAGGUGGUGCAGUCGGGAGGAAAGAAUAUUGAACUUGCUAUUAUGAGAAAUGGUGAAACACUCAAGAUACUACAACCAGAAGAGGUUGAUAAAUUUGUUGAAAUCAUUGAGAAAGAAAAAGAAGCAGAAGCUGAAAAGAAGAAGAGAGAAAAGGCAUCAGGAUCAGCUAAAUAAAUAGAAUGGACAUUCAUCUUUUAUUUUAUACUCUCAUAUUGCUGUUUUGAAACUGGCUUGAUUCUUCCAUUUCUGAUAUAUUGGCAUUUGUGACAACUGAAUGGUACCAUUCAUUACCAUAUAGGGUGAAGCAAUAGCAAAUCCAAGCAACUAAGUUGCCAAAUGUUUCAAUGGUUAUUGUUGGGCUUUCAAGAGCAAUAGAAACAGCUUACUUUUCUUUUAUUGCCCAGAGCCCUCACAAAUAAAAGCAGCAAUGAGUACAGACUAA